GCUUGCUGAGUGGCUGUCUGGGUGGAUAACUAGCUGACUGAGUGGCUUUAACUAGCCUGCUGAGUGGCUGUCUGGGUGGAUAACUAGCUGGCUGAGUGGCUGUCUGGGUGGAUAACUAGCUGGCUGAGUGGCUUUAACUAGCUUGCUGAGUGGCUGGCUGGAUGGGUAAUUAGCCGGUUGAGUGGCUGGCUGGGUAACUAGCCGGCUGAGUGACUGGCUGGCUUGGUGCAUAACUAGCUGGGAAAUUUGCAAUGGCUCCUCCUAGAGAGUCACGGUAUGACAAAAAGAUAUGGGAAGUUGUGGACACCCUUAUCAGCAUAUUGACAGUCCCAUUUCUCCAUGCCAUCUCCCUGUUUGGCUCCUGCUACUGGAUCACCACUUUUGACAAAUCCGCAUUCCUCUUCAUGUUUAUGAGGUUUGCAGUUUUGGGCCCAAUUUUUUUCAUCUUGGCAUUUGUGUUAAGUCCAUUUGCUCUUGUGGGAUACAUCCUGUGGGUGCUUCUCAACUCAUAUGUCAACAUUCAACCAUUCUACUCUGUUUCUUCAAGUCAGAGUCGGUAUCCCUCUGAAGGACACUACUGUCAGUCCAAGUUCACCCUGUGUUCUGCAAAUUUGCUCCUGUGCUUGGAGAUUAUAGGACGCAUAAACAACAACAGGAAUGUGUACUGGCGAGUGAAUGAGAUUGCUAGACGUCUCCUUCAUCAAAAUCCUUUGUUAAAUCUUAAUCAGAAUCUCCAGUCUCCAGUGAACAGGGAAGAUAUUGUUCAGAGUAAGCUACCGGAAGUCAAUGUGUUUAUCCUUCAAGAAGUGUUCCUAAGGCUCUUUGGAUCACAACUGAUCAAGCAUUUAAAGCACAAGUAUCCUUAUAUAAUCUAUGAUGUGGGUAUUCAUCGCAUGGACACCAAUUUUUGCCUUCUUGGAAGUGGGUUGUUCUUAGCAUCGGAGUAUCCAAUUUUAGAGGCAAAUUUCCAUCCAUUCACAUACAACACCAGUUAUGGGAAAUUAAUUUGUUAUGGAGUUCUCCUGGUAAAGCUUGACUUGGGAACAUUGAAGAAAAAUGAUGUGGACAUGCAGGCUGUUGGUUAUGUUGCCAACACACACACACAGGCUUUCCAAGGAAAGGAUCAAGUGUUGGUUCAUCAGCUGGAGGAAGUCCGGCUGUGGAUGAAGAGUUUCAUCAGAGAUACCCAUAAUGCUGAUAGUGAAAUUGUGGUUUUUGCUGUAAUUGGAGGAGAUUUCAACUGUGAUAAUAUGUCGUCAGGUGACAGGGGAACCCAAGUUCUUCCUUUGUGGAAUGAAUACGAGGAUCCAUGCCGGGUGUGUGCAGGAGAUGACCAGCCUUGGACAAUCGGCACAGAACACCGCCAACGUAUGCUUCACCAUCCAUUAGUACAGAACCCUGAAACUUUUCGGAAAAUUCUCCUUGAUGAUAUUCAGCGGAGACGCUAUAUUCUGGAUGCCACUGUGAAGGAACAGCAGCUGGAUAUGAUGUGGAUUGCCCCCAGUCUAGAUCCAUCAGGAGCACUGCAUCCUCUAAGAGAAGGUGGCCGGCGAAGGAUAGAUCACCUGAUUGUAAGAUAUGGCGAUGAGGUCUCACCUUCAGCAUUUUGGUUCAGCACUGUCAUUGCUGGGCUUACGGAUCAUAUCCCUGUAGCUUUAAUGCUGGAGAGAAAACAAUAUUAAAUGUUUCUUUGCUAAAUACUAGUAGCAGGAUGCAAGCUUAAAGAAAAGCUUGUAUGAGUAUUAUUGAAGUUAAAGGAGAUAUAUAUUUUUAAUUUGAGCAUUUUAGUUACUGUUGACAAAAUAACUGAUAUGUUAGUUUUCAUUUUUAAAUGUAUUUUACACUAGUGAUGAAUAAGACACAUUGCAACACUUGGGUAACUUUAUUGAAAAAACAUUUCACCUGAGCAGGCUGCUUCAGUCGAAUACAGGCAACUGGAACAGCCUUGAUAAAUGGUGGUCAAUCCUUCAGCCUAAAGCAGAGACAUGCAGCCAGACCUUAUAUAUUGACAAUAUAGAUAUCCAGGUGUUGCACAUGUGUCUUCUUUGUCAACUUGGCAUUGUAUACCAUCAAUAAUACCAUAGUUUGCACUCCUUUGAGGGGCUCUUGAUCCAAGCCAAGGAAUUGGGCUCACCCUUCCUUUCCUAGGAUCAGAUAUGAAUGCCUCCCAUCUCCCUUGGUGCUGCAUAACCCUUACUGGUUUAGCACUUCCCCCAAUGAAUACAAUAAUAAUAAAAAAUUAUUGUUUUAGAGUGAGUACUUAGAUAAAAAAAUGUAUGAUUAAAAUAUUAUUUAUCAGAA